UUUGAGGGAAAUUUCGGAACUGUUUGACAGGGAUCUAAUGUUUAUGGCUCACCUAUAGCGGGGGCGCGCUUGCUUCCGGGCGCCCUCCUCGCAGGUGCCCUUCUGGACCCGCACAAGCCUCUGCUUCGCGGCUCCCAGCCCGCAGCCCGCUUGCGAGAAGCCGGGGCAGGGCCGAGGUGGACGAGAGAGGCGCCGCUGCCGCUGAGGCCCUUGCCCGCUCGCCGCGCCCCCCGCCACUUGGCCCGCUGGCCAUGGCCGACGGCGGCGGCACAGGCAGCUCGGGCUCCUGGUGGAGUUCGUUAAAGAACAGCAGGAAGAAAAGCAAGGACGCCGCGGGGGGUGCGAAGCCUCCCGCCCAGCCUGACCCCGGGGAACCCGCGGCGCCCGCCCCGCCUGGCCCCGACUGGACUAGCAGUUCCCGGGAGAAUCAGCAUCCCAAUCUCCUCGGAGGCGCCGGCGAGCCCCACAAGCCAGACAAGUUGGGCGGGGAGAAAUCGGGCAACAGCCGCCGAAAUUUGAAGAUCUCGCGCUCGGGCCGCUUUAAGGAGAAGAGGAAAGUGCGCGCCACUCUGCUCCCCGAGGGAGUCAGGUCCUCGGAGGAGGCGAGCUUCUCUGGUGACCCGCACGAGGACAAGCAGUAGCCCGAGCGCUCCGGGACUCUCUUCGCACCACGCCUCCCCAACCCCCAGGUCUAAACCCGAGAAUUCUGCCCCGCCCCUGUUCUUGGAGUCUCAUCCCACCAAAUUCAGAAUAUUCGCACAAGGCCUCCAGAGUUUAUUUUCCUAGAAAUUGACGUGACAAAAUAACGUGUUCCGUAUAUCACGACUCAAGGAUGCAUUAAAUAUUUAUUCGUGGUAAGAGAAGAUACCGCAGAGGAAGUUGGCACAAUUUUUUUCAAAAAACUUCAGUGGCCUCCUUUGCGUCGCCCGUGGGAGUGAGAAGGGUACUUUUGUAAGAGACCUUAGCUCAACUGGAAUUGCGCAGCCCUCCGCUGAGAACGGCAUGCUCUGAUUCCGAACUUGCUAUUGGAAAGCAAAUCACAGUGCUAUCUUUAAUGCCUGAGAAAUGCACUUUAGGAGUACUUUUGUAGACACACCUUAAGUGAAGGGAUGGGAGAGAGCAGGAAGCAUUCUUAAGUAGAAGCAUUUUAAUUAAGGCAGGAUUGCUUUUAAUGUUGAACUGCAAAACUCUACUUGCCUGUUGUA